AGCAGAGGAACCAAGGCCAACCAAGCUGGACUCACUGCACGGGCUCUGCUGGCAGCUUCCUGAGGUACCAAGGGAGGAAGGAUGGAGGAAGGAAUGAACAUUCUCCAUGACUUUGGGAUCCAGUCAACUCGCUACCUCCAAGUGAAUUACCAAGACUCUCAGGACUGGUUCAUCUUAGUGUCUGUGAUUGCUGACCUCAGGAAUGCCUUCUAUGUCCUCUUUCCCAUCUGGUUCCAUCUUCAAGAGACUGUGGGCAUCAACCUCCUCUGGGUGGCAGUGGUCGGAGACUGGUUCAACCUCGUCUUUAAGUGGAUUCUGUUUGGACAGCGCCCGUAUUGGUGGGUCCUGGACACCGACUACUACAGCAACAGCUCAGCGCCUCUGAUAAAGCAGUUCCCUGUCACCUGUGAAACUGGACCAGGGAGUCCCUCUGGCCAUGCCAUGGGCACAGCAGGUGUAUACUACGUUAUGGUCACUUCUACUCUUGCUAUCUUUCGUGGAAAGAAAAAGCCCACGUAUGGAUUCCGGUGUUUGAACGUCAUCUUGUGGUUGGGAUACUGGGCUGUGCAGCUGAACGUCUGUCUGUCCCGGAUCUACCUUGCAGCUCAUUUUCCACACCAGGUCGUGGCUGGAGUCUUGUCAGGCAUUGCUGUGGCUGAAAGUUUCAGCCACAUCCGGGGCAUCUACAAUGCCAGCCUCCAGAGGUACUGUCUCAUCACCUUCUUCCUGUUUGGCUUCGCGCUUGGAUUUUACGUGCUGCUAAAAGGGCUAGGGGUGGACCUCCUGUGGACUUUGGAGAAAGCCAAGAGAUGGUGUGAGCGGCCAGAAUGGGUCCACCUUGACACUACACCCUUUGCCAGCCUCUUCAAAAACCUGGGGACCCUCUUGGGGUUGGGGCUGGCCCUCAAUUCCAGCAUGUACCGGAAGAGCCUCAAGGGAGAACUCAGCAAGUCGCUCCCGUUCCGCUUUGCCUGCAUUGUAGCCUCCUUGGUCUUCCUGCAUCUCUUUGACUCUCUGAAGCCCCCAUCCCAGGUUGAGUUGAUCUUCUACGUCUUGUCUUUCUGCAAGAGCGCGACUGUUCCCUUUGCAUCCGUCAGUCUUAUCCCCUACUGCCUAGCCCGCGUCCUGGGACAGACACACAAGAAGUCUUUGUAAGGCAUGCGCGGAGGCUUUGGUAUUUAAAGUCAACUGCCAAGCAAGGGACUAAGAGCAACGAAAGCCUUCUGCAACCCAUUGGGAGGCCAGAGGUGUUCACACCGGCCCUGGUAGCCCUGUCUUUCUUUGCUAUCUUAACCAAAAAGGUGAAAUUUUCAAAAAGUUAACAGGGCUGUUUGAGGAAAACUUGAAUGCUAGAAGCUGGGUCAUUCUGGAUGUUUCCCUGAAGACUCGCUUACCAGCCUCCUGUCAGAUACAGAAGUGCAAGCCCAGGCUAGAGAUCCCAACCGAGAAUGCUCUCACUGUGCAGAAUCUUCAGGCUGGGAAAAGGAAAAGAGCAGCGUGCAUUUGCUAGGAAGAGAAAGAAGGAUCAAGAGCAGGCGAGUGUUUUGUGUAUGGAGCAAAGCCAUGUCUAACCGGCUUCAGUUAUGCCCGAGUCUUUAGGUGCGACACUCUCAAUAAUGAUAGACCAACUGGUGUAAUGAGCAGCCUGUUAAAGGCAAUUAAUUCUGCUUCCAGAUUGUCUCUACUGUACAUAAAAAUCACACCGUGUGCUUGUUAUUCCUGAAUGGUAAUGGUGACUGUCACUCACACCACCUUCUCUAUCACGUCACAACUUUCUCCUCUUCAGCCUAGGUCUGCAUUCCCCAGAAUUCUCCACGGGUUCCCUAGCCCUGUUGCUGGACCCUGCGGUGUCCCGUGGGCAACUGUUUGCUGGUGCUUUUGUAGGGUUAAGUUAAACUCUGAGAUCUUGGGCAAUAUGGCAAGGAGAGCCAGGAUUCCUCUCUCCAAAGGUCACUCCGAUGUUACUUUUGAUUCCUGGGGCAGAAAUAUGACUCCUUUCCCUAGCCCAAGCCAGCCAAGAGCUCCUUCUUAGGGGACAAGGCAGCCCCUCGGUGCCUGUCCUCCAGCCUUGCCUGAUUUACAGAGUGUGUCUUCAAAAAGAAAAAAAUGGUAAAGCUAUUUAUUCAAAAUUCUUUGUUUUUUGCUACGAAUGAUGCAUAUAUUUUCACCCACACCAAGCACUUUGUUCCUAAUAUCUUUGAUAAGAAAACUAUGUGUGCAGUAUUUUAUUAAAGCAACAUUUUAUUUAA